CGUAAGAGAAGCUGCUGAAAAGAAGGCAGCAGAGAGAGAGGAAGUAAUAAAACAAGCGAAAAGGUUUAUUCUUUACAGGAAACCAAUGUGUAGACGAAUUAAUCAAGGUCUUCUCGUUUCUGAGUGUUAUAGAGAAUUGGAUGCUCAACUGAAAUUUCGGGAAACUCUUAAAAACGCAGAUAAAGAGGAAGAAAUAGCGUACGUGAAUUCAAUGAAAGAGGAUUUAGCAAAAUACGAAGAGGAAGUGAAACAUAAAACAGAAAAGCAGUUGGAGAAAAGAAAGCAUUAUGCCUUCGAAUUAAAGAAACAAAUCGAAGAAACUAAGAACGCCGAAGCAGCGAAGGAGAGAGAGAUAUUCGAAGCUGGUAAACAGGAUCAAAUAAAUAUGGAGAAAUACUUGCAAGAUAUUAAAGAAUUUGAAGCGCAACAAGUCAGUCUUUAAUAAUUAAUAUGUAAUAAUCCUUAUAAGUUUAUGUUUAAUAAUCAAUAGCUAAAAAAGAAGACUUGUACUUAUGUAUAUUUAUAAUUCAAUACGAUAUUUCUUUGGUAAUUAUUUUUCGUAAUGUAUAUGCGAUAUAAAUGUGUUCGUAGUUGCAAAACAAGAAACAAAAAUUAAAGCAAUUUUUUAAAGACGCGAUAGAAGAAAAGAAACAAUUCGAUCUGG